AUGCCAGUCUCCCGCCGCAGGUCUCUUCGUGCUCACGGCUCCGUGGAUGCGCCCGUGUGCACGGGCACGUGCGGGGGGCGCGUGACCGUGUCCUCGUACGUGAGCGUCCCACGCGUUCUCCCUGUACCCGUCACAGGCACGCGCGUAAGCAGGCGUGCCCUCGGCAUCAGCAGCGUCUUUCUGCACGGCACGCGCAGCAGUGGCGUGCCCGUGGUGCCAAAGACAGCCUUCCCCCUCCCUCCUCGUCCCAGCAGCAGCAGUGGCUCCUCCCCCCGUCGUAAUGUGAUUGUUGACCCCAGGACCCCAAAAUGCUGCAGCAGAGCUUGGAUCAGCAGCUGA